AUGGCUCCUGUUGAUCCAAGUGUUUUAUUAAAUACAAUCGUGUAUUUAUUAGAUAUUAAUGGCGGUUUAAAAAGUGAUCGAAUCGUUCGGCAAUUUAUUACAUUAAUGAAAUUAGCUGAAAAACUAGUCAAUAAAGCGAUCUAUUUACAAAUUCUAAGUCAUACAAAAUCAGAAGAGAUUUUAAUAACGUUUUUAAAAAGUGAUGGUCAUCAAAUUCUAAUCAAAUGGCUUUCGUAUUUUAGUAGCGAACAUAAUCAUGCAUUUCUACUUGAUACAUUAAAUGUAUUAGGCCAUUUACCAUUCAAUAUUGAUAAUAUAUCGCAGAAUGAUAUCGACGAGCUACAGCUCAAAAUAGCCGAACUUGCAUCGGCUGAGUCAGGGGAAGAAAAGGAUAUUCGUGAAAGUGCUCGUCAUUUGUACGAUAUUUGGUCGUCAAAAGGAAUAUUCAAACCAAUAAAUACUCAUACGUCUCAAGUUGAUAUUGACGAACGUACUUUUUCCCAGCUUCCUUCAACUUCUCAAUCAUUGAUUUCCAACGAUAAACAUCCAUUGACAUCUCAAAAAUUGAAUCAAAACGAACGAACAUUGCUCUCAUCAAAUAAUAAUACAUCUAGUUUCAAUGACAGAAAAAUGGCAACAACCGCAACAUUGACAGCAGUAUCCACAGCAGGCACAAAUAAUAAUAGUAGUAGUAGUAGUAGUAAUAUUAGCAGCAGUACAGAUAGUAUUAAACGGAAGAGUGAAGAAAAUAUAGGACCUUUAACAAAUAGAAAACCGACACAUCGUCGUAUAACAACUCAAUUACAAACAACAGAUUCAACAAAAAUGAAAACAUCAACUGAUAUAGAUGAUAGUGAUGGUUUAAAUAAAACUAAUUCAUUGAAUCGAUCUACUACAAUGCCAUUUCGUAUACCUAAAAUAGGAAGGCCAAAUGUUAGUGUACCAUCACCACCAUCAGAAAUGAAUGAUAGUUCACCACCACCAACACCAACAGCGACUCAAACAAUAAAAAGUGGUGUAACAUUAAAUCGACAAACAAGUGAUGAACUUAAUUCUCAACAAGGAAAACGAAAAUUUUCCUUAAGUCAAUAUAAAGAACGUAAAAGAUUGAAAUCAAAUGAAUUACAGCAAGAUUCAUUAGCGGACACGGAUAUGCGAAUAAAUCAUAUGGGAAAUUCAAAGGCUUCACCACCGAUGUGCAUCGACGAUGAACCAUUAAAUGCAUCUGAUAGUCAAUCUAUAGUUAGUCCAAAACCUGAUGAAAUAAAUAAAGAUACAGUUAUAAAGAGUAAUUUAAGUGAACCAGGAGUAAAAAAAGUAGUAAAAAAAAAAGUGAUUUGGGCUGAUGAAAAAAGUCAAGCACUUGUACAGACAUCUUUUUUUGAAGUAGAUGAUUCCGAACUAUCUGAAAUGCAUGUAUUUUCGCGUACAUGUGCAGCUAAUAUAUCUAUAGCACAACUUGAAAAAGUUAUGGAACGUGAUUUACGUAAACGACGAGGCGUACACGAUAUGAAUUCAAAUGAUAAUGAUGAUAAACAAAUUUUAACACCAUUACCAGCUUUAAUAAAAACUUUAUUGCCAGAUUCAAUACAAAUUCCACAAGUUGUUUCUCAAGAACGACUUGUACAAGAAGAACGUGAAAAAACUGUUUUACAGGCACUUUUUAUACGAUCAUUUUUACCUGAUAGUCCAGGUGAACCAGAUGGGGAUCCUAUUGGAAGUAGCAAUAUUGAACGAAUUGAACCAAAAGUGAUUCCAUUAGAAGAUGAUACUUCAUCAUCUGUAUCGAGCAAAGUAACAUCAGUAAAUAACAAUAAUACUACAACGCCAACAGCAACUAUACCUUUAGUUUCAAUAAAUAAUUCAAUACCAAUAGGCACUGCAGUUAACCCGAGUCUUUCAUCAUUUGCAUUUGGAGAUGUUUCACCUGAAGUUGCUCAAAUUCUUGCACAAGCUAAAAACACAGCUGCUGCAAAUAUUUCAACAACAGCAACAAAUACAUUGAUUAAUCCGUCCACGACUAUAACAACAGCAACAUCAACAUUAACAAAUCCAACUGUGACAACAACACCUACGCUUGCUGCUCCACCCAACUUUUUAUCGGCUUUACUUAAUGUUGCACGAACGACUGGAAAUGAAACAGCGAAUGUUCCACCGCCAAAUUCUAUAGCUAAUCUUUUGCCAAAUCUUUCAAUGAAUUUCAAUUUACCUCCACCUCCAACAUUUCAUGGCCCAUUAAGUCAACUAAUAGCUAAUGCUCUUACACUUGGUAUACCACCACCACCAACUGCCAAUCCUUCACUUUAUCAAACACCACCACCGGCUACGUUUACAACACCACCACCACCACCACCUAAUCUAACUAAUCCAAUAGUUAAUUCGGUUCCACAAUCAUCAGUAAAUUCUAAGACACCAUCUGUUCGUUUUGUUUCUGCUAUUGGUCAACAAGCACGACCAAAUCUAACUAAUAAUCAUAAUCAUAAUCAUAAUAAUAAUGAACAUCAAAUCUCAUCAUCUCGUGAGAACAGUAGAGAACAUCAUUUUCGACGAGGUCCACCAAAUAAUAAUCGUCGAGAUUAUUAUCAAAACCGAAAUAAUAAUAACAAUAAUAAUAAUAAUAAUAAUAAUAAUAAUAACAAUAAUCGAAAUAUUUUCUCUUAG